GUAUUCAGUUCUCAGCGCGCCGUGACGCGAGCAACCACCGUAUCGCAUCGUUCCCCUUUUCGAGCAUUCUGUCCUCUCUUUGAUCGAUACGAUCGAUGAGAUUUAUCGCGAAAACCGUGAAAUCGAUCUAUGGAUGAUCGUUAUACCGAUUUAUUUAGAAACGGAUAGAGAGGAUUUUUAUCGUCGAUAAAAGAUACAAGUUUGUGAAAGAUCGAUCGAUCGUAGAAGACGUGAUUACUAUUUUGAUUUUGUGUUUUUUUUUUUUUUCGCUUUCCGUUACGUUAUGGACUCAAGAAUAAUUAGGAUCGAGAUGUGGAAUCAUAGAAUAGAGUGUUAGAAUAGAAUGGAGAUUUGUUUUUCGAUAAGAUCGAGGAUUUAAUUUUGAUAAAAGGUUUCCGAUGCGCGUUCCUGUACGUUGACAAACGGAUUCAAUCUUGAUUCGCGUUAUUCUGCGAAUUGAUUCUCCAUCGAAUCACAGCUGGUUUCGAGGGUGGAGAGACUAACUCGUGGCGACAAUUCGCAAAGGAGAAAAGAAGAGGGAAAGGAGGGCGAGGAGAAGGAAAGAUGGUUUCCUCGGCGAUCUUCGGCGCGGCAGCUGGUACCGGUUUGGCCUUGGUCGUCGCGAUGACCAUAGUGGUGUAUCGUUAUUACGCUGUGAAACGAAAAGGGAAAUAUUGGAGCAGUCUGGAUCGUUGGCCGGAUCCACCGGGCACGAAGAAGGGAGAGGGACGACAGGAACAAUGCUCGGAGCAUUGUCAUGAUUCUUCCUCCUCGCAUGUGCUCAAUUGCUGGCGGAAGCAACAGAAGAAUUAUUAUGCUGUCCAGUCCAGGGAAUUUAACGUCGCCAAGGAACAGCAUGCGGUGCAGCCAUGUUCCUCCGUGGUCGUCGAAUCAGGAAGUUUACCGCAUCAAAGUCGAAGCUAUCCAGGUGGUACCAGUGGAUCUGGAAGCAUGGGACGAUUGUUUACAAGGAAUUCAUCGGUGAGCUCGCAGAGCUCGUUAGAAGGACCAUCUGGACCAUCUGGACCUUCUGGAUCAUCUGGAUCAUCUGGACCUUCUGGACCAUCUUCCAGCCACCGUAGUACCACUACAACGCAGAUUCGAUCGUGUGGACUUGAUGGACGAUAUCAUCAUCGCCCCGAUCCCUUGCAUGCUGCUUCGUCUUAUCCACCGAGCAGAAGUUCGAGAUCGCCAUCACCUGGUCGUACCGCAUCGCUAGAUGCACGCUGUGGGAGUCCAGCCAGUUGUUCCGGAAGUCUUGUGAGCAGUAAUGCAUCACCAUCUCAGAGCUCUCUGUCGUCUUUGGCAACAGGUGUGAGCUCUUCUUGUGGUGGUUCCUCGAUAAACGUUACCCACGGAGCUUCCAGAUCAGCUGGCCGAAGUCUUUCACCCCUUCUUAUUCCACCAUCACGCAUUAUCGGAAGUGACGGUGGACCACCUCCUCCAGCUUCACCAUUGGGUUCUAUACAACCUGACCUCUACCAACGAAGAGAUGGCCCUAUUUAUCUCAAAGCUCGAGGAAAUGGAAAGAGUUUAGGCCGACUGCAUUUGCGAUUCAAAUACGACUUCGAUCGAUCAGAUUUGCAUGUACACCUGAUCGAAGCGCACGAUCUGGCUGGAAGUGAUCAAGGAGGAUUCAACGAUCCUUACGUGAAAUUGAUGCUCAAUCCUGAAGUAGAUUCGAGGAAACGACAAACACAGAUAUACCGUAACGAGUCGAAUCCGUUCUUCGAUCAACAAUUCAAAUUCCCUGUCAGUAACGACGAACUUCAGGACAGGACUUUAGUUUUACAGGUGCUCGAUUACGAUCGUUUCUCUAGAAACGAUAUAGUCGGAUCUGUAAAAGUACCACUACAUAUUUUACGAUUGGAUUCACCUACCUCGACCGAAGAAGUUUGGGGAGAGAUUGAACGCGAACGAAAACCACCUGAACAAAUUCAAGAAGUUCUAUUAUCCCUUUCUUAUCUUCCAAGCGCCGAACGAUUAACAGUUCAAAUUUUGAAAGCGAGAAAUCUAUUUCCACCGCAGGACAAAGAAACUUUAGAUUCGUUCGUGAAAGUAAAUCUUCUUUGCGGCGAAAAGAGAGUGAAAAAAAAGAAAACCGCUGUAAGAAAAGCUACGACAAGCCCCGUUUGGAACGAGGCGAUGUCUUUUAAUGUUCCUGCCAACUAUCUCGCAUCAUCAGCUAUCGAGGUAUGUGUGAUGGACUCGAGCAAUGAAUUUAUCGGAGGAAAUGUGAUUGUUGGUUCCUGUAUCGUUGGUCCUGCCACAGGAGUCAUUCGUGGAGUGGAAGGAAGUGGAAGUCAAGGAAGAGAACAUUGGCUUCACAUGACUCAAUCGCCAUCUGAAACUAUUGCAAAAAUGAGAUAUAUAUAUGUACUUCCUAGGCCUAAAUUUGUACUAUGCAACAAAACUGACCUCAGAGAAGUACAAGACAUGCAUCAUGCAUAUUAUAUAGUUUACAUAAACAAAUUAAAAGCCUAA